AAUGUCUCGCGGGUGGUGCUCUGUCGACGUUGGGGCGAUGGAAACCAAGAUCAUCACCACCAGCGACGCGUGUGUGAUUGAUAAAGUACUUCAAUAUUUUUGCAUGAAUACGCGAUAUUAUUAAUUGUGUCCCCCGGUUCUGAAGCGGCGAGAAUAUAUAGUUUUCGCAGCACUUGAUUGACAAAUUUUCAGUGAAAAGAAAACAGGAACGAAAUGGUCUCAUCAAAACUCCUUCAUCAGGUCAUUGGAGCAUGUUCCAAGCCAGACUCUGUUCGCAUUAAGGAUGAAUCCGCUGUGAAUGAAAAGAUCCAUUCCAUUAUUUCUCAUGGAGCACCUGCACUUCAGGUCAUCACGGAUUUCGAUGCCACGCUUACUCGUUACCAUUUGGAUGGCAACAAGUGCGAUAGCAGCUACGGAAUCAUUGCGACUUCCCCACUUGUUUCCUCUGAUUACCGGGACAAGGCGAUGGAACUUUACAAGAAAUACUACCCAAUUGAGGUCACCCCAACGAUGACCAUACAAGAAAAGAUUCCACACAUGAUUGAAUGGUAUGAAAAGUCUCACGAGUACAUGAUCUCAUGCCAGCCACCCCUCAAGAGAAGUUCCAUUCAAGAUAUGGUCAAACUUUCGACCGCAACGUUGAGGGACAACGCCAAGACAGCGGUUGAACGAAUGUCCCAGGCCGGUAUCCCACUCUUGGUCCUCUCUGCAGGCAUUGGGGACGUGGUUCAAGCGGUCCUUCAAGCAUCCGGCAUCGACCUUCCAAAUGUUCAAGUAAUCUCCAACUUUAUGCAGUUUGACGACGCUAUGGAAAACAUUGUGGGAUUCAAGGAACCUCUCAUUCACAUGUACAACAAGAACGAGGCUGCAAUUCAUGACGACAACUCAAAUUACUUCAAAGACCUGAGAUCUCGUCACAACAUAAUACUUUUGGGGGACUCACUAGGCGAUUCAAAUAUGGAUCAUGGGGUGGCUGACCCUAAAAAUGUGCUUAAGAUUGGUUUCCUCAACGCCCAUUUUGAACAACACUUGGAGGAAUUUAUGACGGCAUUUGACAUUGUUCUCGUGGACGAUCAGUCAUUUGACUUGGUGAACCUUCUUCUGGACCAUCUUCUUGCCCCAGCUCGUUGAUGGUAGUUUUUGAUAUCUAUUAUUUUAUGAUUAUUAUCCACCUGUGCAAAGUAAUUUUGAUUACUCGUCCAGAAUCUGGACUCCAGAUGGAAAAAUAAAGACAAAAAUCUGCAGAACGGG